GUUAUCUUUAUUUGUCGAGUUUUCUGUGCGUUUGCCACCACAACAUUGUCUUCUCGGGUAAAAAAAAACUUGCUUCUUCUUCGUUUUACUUCAUCUCUCUCUCUGUCUCUGAUAGGGUUUUAGUCAUAUUUAAUGGCUUCCAAUUCAGAGAAAAAUCCUCCUCCUUCAGAUGAGAAAACCCAAUUGACGGAGGAGAACAAGAGUACUAAACCGGAAUCAGCUUCUGGGAGUUCACCUCCACCAGCUUUUCCUGGCUUCAAUGCCAAUGCUUUUGAUUUCUCUAAUAUGGCUAGUAUCCUCAAUGAUCCAAGCAUCAGAGAAAUGGCUGAGCAAAUAGCUAAAGAUCCUGCUUUUAACCAGUUGGCUGAGCAGCUUCAAAGAUCUAUUCCAAAUGCAGGAGCUCAGGAAGGUGGUUUCCCUAACUUUGAUCCUCAACAGUAUGUCAACACCAUGCAACAGGUUAUGCAUAACCCUGAGUUUAAGACCAUGGCUGAGCGACUUGGUAGCGCCUUGGUGCAGGAUCCACAAAUGUCUCCCUUUUUGGAUGCUUUCUCCAAUCCUGAAACAGCAGAGCACUUUACUGAGCGUAUGGCGCGGAUGAAAGAAGAUCCUGAGUUGAAACCUAUACUAGAUGAGAUAGAUGCUGGUGGUCCUUCUGCCAUGAUGAAGUGA